CCGAAUUAGCCACGUCAUGUAAACUUAGCAGUGGAGGUAUUUUAAAGAAAUCGUAGCGUCGGAUGAACAUUUUGAAUCGAAGACUGCGUGGUCUCGUGUUUGUCAGUUCGUUAUUUUGGGGGGAGGUCCAAUCCACAGCUGUUGCGUUGCUGUAAUCGUAUGGAAACAUGUCAGAUAUCGGGGACUGGUUCAGAAGCAUCCCCUUCAUUACCCGGUACUGGUUUGCUGGGUCGAUCGCUGUCCCCUUGAUUGGGAAAUUGGGAUUAAUAAGUCCCAGGCAUCUCGUUUUAUGGUCUGAAAAUUUCUUUCACAAAUUUCAGAUUUGGAGACCGGUAACAUCCACUCUAUAUUUCCCAGUGGGCCCUGGCACAGGUUUUCUGUACCUGGUCAACCUGUACUUCCUGUAUCAGUACUCCACCAGGUUAGAGACAGGCGCGUUUGAUGGCAGACCGGCUGAUUUUGUCUUCAUGCUUCUCUUCAACUGGCUCUGCAUCGUCAUUACAGGGCUGAUGAUGGACAUGCAGUUGCUGAUGAUCCCAUUGAUCAUGUCAGUGUUGUACGUCUGGGCUCAACUGAACAGAGACAUGAUUGUUUCCUUCUGGUUCGGCACACGAUUCAAGGCAUGUUAUCUACCUUGGGUAAUCCUGGGCUUCAACUACAUCAUUGGAGGCUCAGUGGUAAAUGAGCUGAUCGGGAACCUGGUGGGUCACCUCUACUUCUUCCUGAUGUUUAAAUACCCAAUCGACCUGGGAGGACGCUCUUUUCUCUCCACGCCAGAGUUCCUUUACCGGCUCCUCCCCACCAGGAGAGGAGGGAUUUCGGGCUUCGGCGUUCCUCCCACCAGGAGAGCAGCUCCCCAGGACCAAGCAGCAGCGGGAGGAGGAGGCGGAGGUGGUGGGGGAGGAGGAGGAGGAGGUGGGCGUCACAAUUGGGGCCAGGGCUUCCGUUUGGGGGAUGACUGAAAGACUGAGUGGAGAGAAGAGGAGAGGGGUCCUUUGCCCUUUGAUCCCGCCGCUAACGGAUGUGCAAUUCAUGCUCUAGCUUAAAAUGCUUGCUUUUUCUUCACUACUCUCAUUUGGGGGGGAGGGGGUCAAUUUCAUUGUCUGUCUGUUAGGUGAGAUGAGACAUUUAUGUCAAAACAUGUCAUUUGUUGGAGGUGUGCCAUCCAAGGACAACAACAGUAAAGCAGUUGGAAAUCAAUUGGGGUUUUGUAUCUAACAGCCCCCCACCCCAGAUAUGCUGAAGAUAAUAUGGCACUCGUGCACAAGCGUAUGUGUGUUCUAUAAGGACACAACAGGAGAGUAAUUUGGAGAAGCAAGCAUUUUAACCAGCAGCCCACCGCACACCAUGACUUAAACUCUGGCUACAAGCUCUGCUGAUAAAGCAGAGCCGGCUACUGCGGAUGUGUCCAUGUCAAGCAGAUAGGACAAAGCAAGAAUAAAUGGAUUUCAGAUGACUUUUCUCAUGCUUCUUCUUCCUCUUCUCCCUCCUUAUUAGCUUUUUUCCCCUUACCCUUACCCUUCCACCUCCUCCUCCCCCCUCCUCCCCCUUUUCACACCCGGCCAUUGGACUGUCAAGACGAGAUGUUGCAGCUGCAGACCAGCACGUCGCUGGUUUUUCAUCUGUUCUUUUGUCUCUGUUCAGUCUUUCUCCCUUUCGCUCCUUCCGCCGUGAUGCCAUAUCAGAUUACAUUGUAAUUACCGACUUGUUGGGAGUGCACUGUCACGCAAGCCAACCUUCAGGAAAACAUAGGCAAAAUUUAGAGCGCCUUAUUUAUAGGCAUGGAUUUACACAGGCAUGAAUGCUGAGUUUUCCUUUGUGUGUGUGGCACAGAUAGUGCUGCCAGAUCAGAUCUUGUUGCAAAGACUGUAAAGUGAGGUUUUUCUGUUCCUUUGUAAAUAUAUCUAAUGUUUCUUCAGCAGUUUGGGGAGUUUCGGAGCGUAACUGUCUUAUAAUACCCGUGGGUUUUUUUUUAAAACACACUACCAAAGCAGUACUGAACGUAACAUGGCUCUCAGACAUCUGAACAUAGUGGUUGUCAAUCUUUUUAGUGCUUCAGCACAUUUACAAGUUGCAGAAUAUCAAAGCACUCCAGAUGAUCUCCUUUUUGGAAAGAUCCCAUAAAUAUGAACGUGAUUGCGAAAGGGCUGUAGGCAAAGGAGAAAUGUGUAUGUUCAUUAUUUGGGGGGGGGGGGGGGAGUUGUGAUAGGGAUGGUUGCAUUUAAGUUCUAAUGAAGUUUAACAAAAUGUUUUGGGUUUUUUUUUGUGGCUUUCUUUUGUUUUCAAUUUUAAUCAAACUCAAGGAACGUGAGCUCAUCCUGUUGCACACCAGCGUGUCUACACAUUGGUUGAGAAUCACUGUGAUGAUGUACAAACCCUUUUUUAUGACACUCAACUCACCACUGCUCCUUACUUUAAUGGGUUUGUGAUAUAAAUCUGUGUUUUGAUGACACUGCUCUGAAUCUCUGGGAAUUUGGGUAAAGUCUGAAAUCACAUAUAAGAAAUAUAUACAUUUGAAAGGAAACGGUGGAAUUGUUGUGUUGUCUGAUCUAAGGUGAACCGAAAGGAGCAAAGCUGAAGUUGUGCUGUGUGAGAAACGUGCUCUGAUAGUCGAUGCUUCAGUAAGUUAAACAGUGCCAUUAACAAGGCUGCCAGUAAACCCAUUUAUUGUCUAACAACGCAGUCGGCUGUACGUUCUAGACAAAGUAUUUAUUGUGUAACCUCACAAAGGACGGUUUUUCUUGGGGGAGGAGUGCAGCCUUCAGUCUUUGAGGGUGAAAAAUGUUUUGAGUUUUUUUUUCUUUAAAUAAGUGCCGUGCUAUCCUGAUGACAUUCUGCUUUACAGCAAUGUAAGCAGACUUGGCAUAGAUAUGCCCUUGUUAAGACAGAUGAUCUUUUAAUGGCCGUUUUACCAGACAACGGAUCCCAUCCACUUUGCCCUUUGGCAGCAAUGAGAAGAAGUGAUGAUGGUGUUUUUUUUGCCCUGUUUAGAUUUAGCCAAAGAUUUAUUUUACAAAUGUGCCACAGGCGGCACUGGAUUUGCUACUCGCCCACCAUCAACCUUAAGGUUUAAUCAGGGGGCGUCCACAUAGCAUGGUGGUCUGUUCUGUUGCCUACCAACACGGGGAAGGCGGAUCGAAUCCGCGUGUUACCUCCGGCUUGGUCGGGCGCCCCUACAGACCCAAUUGGCCGUGUCUGCAGGUGGGAAGCCGGAUGUGGGUAUGUGUCCUGGUUGCUGCACUAGCGCCUCCUCUGGUCAGUCGGUCAGGGCGCCUGGUCGGGGCGGGAACUGGGGGGGAAUAGCGUGAUCUUCACACGCGCUACGUCCCCCUGGUGAAACUCCUGUCAGGUGAAAAGAAGCGGCUGGCGACUCCACAUGUAUCGGAGGAGGCAUGUGGUAGUCUGCAGCCCUUCCCGGGUCGGCAGAGGGGGUGGAGCAUCAACCGGGACGGCUCGGAAGAGUGGGGUAAUUGGCUGGAUACAAUUGGGGAGAAAAAAAAGGGAGGAGGGGGAGGAGAAAAAUUUUUUAAACAACUUUGCAAACUAUCGCUGCAUACUUUUAUUUUGGACUAACAACUUAAACAGUUCCUCGGGGUCAAAACUAGGCCCCGUCGUUAAUUGGGCAAGGCAAAUAAAAUGUUGAAAUGAAAAAUGUUGACACAGCAACUACAGUUGGGCUCUGAAGAUGGAGAGAUGUGUUACUGAUGUGGCAACGUAUACCGUGUGUAUAAUUACACGCAUACAAGAGUACAUUGAUAGUGGCCUCAGAUAUUUGAGCUCUCCGACAUUAAACUGGGCUGCAUAACAUCACUUGGAAAAAUGAGGAAAACGCUCCUCGCUUUCAGUUCAGAUGUAUUUAACUGUUUGUUUUUUUUUACACAAGUCUGGAUGUAAACUUGUAAAAGGUUUCUGGUCGGUGACCUGACGACUCGAUCCAGAAAUUAUUUCUCCGUCAUGUCUCCUUAUGUACUUCGCUCGUCUUGGGCCCCAUCUGUUUCACUUGUGUUGUACAGCAGCAUUCUGUCGUGCCGGAGUAAACUUGAGGCAAAUCA